AUGGCGGCCUCAAGAACCCGAACCAUGAAAAACAAACAUGCCGCCCCGAAGCGUGACCUUUCCAAAGCUGGAGGCAGUGCCGGUGGCGUCUCCAAAUCAAGGAAGCCCAAGGGCCCCGUUGUUUCCCAGCAAGUCAAGGAAAAGAAUCGCGCAGCGCUGUUGAGAAAGCCCAAGAAGAAGGUCUAUACCGAGGCGGAGUUGGGCAUCCCCGCAUUGAACAUGGUAACACCUGUGGGUGUACUAAGGCCAAAAGGGAAGAAGAAGGGCAAGGUCUUUGUUGACGAUGAGGAGAGCAUGGGCACCAUCAUGGCCAUAGUCCAAGCCGAAAAGAACGGCGAGAUCGAGUCGAAGAUGAUCAAGGCAAGGCAGAUGGAGGAGAUCAGAGAGGCGCGGAGGCUCGAGGCUGAGAAGAAGGAGCAGGAAAAGAAAACAAAGCUGGAGGAUGCAAAGGACUCAUUGAGGAAGAAGAGGAAGAAGAAGAGCGCCGGCGAAGAGGAAAAGGAAGAUUCGGUCAAGACGUUGGCAUCGACAGGGUCCAAAGCCGCCAAGUCAAGGAGGAGGGUUGCCUUUGCGUAA